AGUCAAAAACUAGUCCCCGGCAUGUGAGCUUUUCUCAUUCAUACAAGGCAGCCGUCUUCAAAGAGAGCCCCGCUGAAAAGCAGCUGGAUUACGGGGGAUUAGGUGCGAGGGAAGAAGAGAAAGGAAGAGUUGACAGGAGGCAGACGCGUUAAGCAGAUCGGCGAGCGAGAGAGAUCCUUAAAGCAGAUUAGCCGCCUCUGAGCAGAGAUCUGAGGAAAGCUAGCUAACGGCGAGAUCGCUGGAGAAGAGGCGCUCACAUCUCCCAGGCAUCGAGCAGGACCGCGCUCGGCACACCUUGGAGAACCCCGGCAGCUCCACCGACUCCCGGAGGCAAGGGGAAAUAAGAGGCCAAUUGAUUUCUCCCCCCUGAGCAACCUGGUGUUCUGUUCUCACCCCGGACGAUGGAGGGCAAGAUUCCCGACUUCUCUGGCAACUGGAAGAUGAAGAGCUCGGAGAAUUUCGAGGAGCUCCUGAAGGCUCUGGGAGUGAACGUGAUGCUGAGGAAGAUCGCCGUGGCAGCUGCCUCCAAGCCAGCCGUGGAGAUCCGCCAGGACAAUGAGACCUUCUACAUCAAAACCUCCACCACUGUCAGGACCACAGAGAUCAACUUCACCGUGGGCCAGGAGUUCAGCGAGCAGACAGUGGAUGGCAGGCCCUGCACAAGUUUCCCAUGCUGGGAAGGGGAGAACAAGAUUGUGUGUGAACAAACCCUGCUGAAGGGAGAUGGCCCGAAAACUGCCUGGACCCGUGAAAUGACCAAUGAUGGCGAGCUCAUACUGACCAUGACAGCGGAUGAUGUGGUGUGUACCAGAGUCUACGUCAAGGAGUAAGACUCGAGGACACACUUCUCCUCUUCAGCGCCUUUGCAUCCUGUCUCUGUGCUGCAGGGCUGGGAAGACAGAGGCUGAUGUACCCAGUGUGUUCAACUCUGUAGUCAGUGUCAAAAGUCAAGUCAGCGUGUCAGUUAGGCUGUGUGUCAGUCAGUCAGCGUGUCAGUUAGGCUGUGUGUCAGUCAGUAUGUCAGUUAGGCUAUGUGUCAGUCAGUCGGUCAGUGUGUCAGUCAGUCGGUCAGUGUGUCAGUCAGUCAGGCUAUGUGUCAGUCAGUGUGUCAGUCAGCAUGUCAGUCAGGGUGUAGGUAUGUGACCACUCUCUCUCCAGUCCUGUGUUUUCUUGGAUGAAAAUGGAUAUUUAUUUUAUUACAGUUUAUACUCAACUUCAUUUGGUUUUAUUUUUUGGGGGGGUUUUAUUGAUAAUUUCUGCUCUUCUAUUUCUGUCUAAAAACAAUAAAGCAUGGUUUUAACUCCA